UUCUCCAUCCACCAUCACCCACCAUAUAUUUGAACCACCAUGUCGUCGCAACCCUACACCUACAAACACUUCAACAUCACCUUCCCGCCGGACCGCGAAUAUGUCGCCCACGUGGAGAUCAACCGUCCUUCCAAGCUAAAUGCCUUCAUCGAAGCAAUGUGGCUCGAACUUUCGGACAUCUUCACCCGCCUCUCCACUGACCCCGCCGUCCGCGCCAUUGUCCUCACCGGCGCAGGCCCCAAAGCCUUCACCGCCGGCCUGGACGUCCACGCCGCCUCGGAGGGCACCCUCUCGCCCGAAUCAGCACAGAUCGACCCCGCCCGCAAAGCGACCCACCUCCGCCGCCACAUCCACGAGUUCCAGCACUGCAUCUCCACUCUCGAGAAAUGCGAGAAACCCGUCAUCGUGGCGAUGCACGGCUUCGCGCUGGGGCUGGCCAUCGACCUCAGCGUCGCGGCGGACGUGCGCGUCUGCACGGAGGACGUGCGCUUCGCCGUCAAGGAGGUGGAUAUCGGGUUGGCCGCGGAUAUCGGGACGUUGAGUCGAUUGCCGAAAGUGGUGGGGUCGUUUGGGUGGGUGAAGGAGGUGAGCUUGACGGCGCGGGAGUUUGGGGCGGACGAGGCGCUGCGCGUGGGGUUUGUGACGCAUGUCUUUAAGGAUAAGGAGGCGGCGGUGGAGGGCGCGUUGGGGUUGGCGAGUCGUAUGGCGGGGAAGAGUCCUGUUGCUGUGCAGGGGACGAAGGAGUUGCUGAAUUGGUCGCGGGAUCGGAGGGUUGAGGAUGGGCUGCGGUAUACGGCGGUUUGGAAUAGUGCGGCGCUGCAGACGAAGGAUGUUGAGGCGGCGCUGUUGUCGGGGAUUCAGAAGCGGAAGCCGACUUUUGAGAAGUUGUAACCUUUUUUCUCUUUGAUGUGAGUUGCGCUCGGGGUGUAUAUUAGACUCUGGUACUGCUGGCUUAGUACAUCUUAGAAGCUGAUCGUAUGGGUUGCUUUUGCGAAAAGAAGGCAUUGCUGAAGACGCAGAUUUGGAUGAGAG